UCCGUGUUCCCAUAGGUCACUAAAAUCAGUUGUAUUUAACAAAGCUAGCCGUGGACCCGAAAGUCCAAAUCUUAAGAGCUAGGGGUUUGGGUUUCCUUUCAAGCCCAAAAUCUGUGUGUGCAAAAUCUAGGGUUUCGCCGGAGCUUCUUACAUGAUCAAAGAUCAAAUCUUUCUCUCUUUAAAAAGGGGGAAGUCAGUUUUCUAAGCCAUCGUCAAAUCCUAUACUGGAUGUUCUGUCGUUUCUUAUUUGCUGCAUAAAGUAGGAACUCAUUUUUUGAGACAAGAUGGCAACCCUUGAAGAGAAGAAUCAGCUUAUUAGUACACCAGAAAACCAGAUGGCAACACUUGAAGAGAAGAAUCAGUUGAUUACUCCUCCAGAAUAUCAGAUGGUGACUCUUGAAGAGAAGAAUCAGCUGGUUGCUGCUCUAGAAUACCAGAUGACAACCCUUGAAGAGAAUAGUCGCUCGACGCCUGCUCCUGAAACACAGCCUAGCAUGCGGAGGAAAAGGAAGUCCAUGGUUUGGGAGCACUUCACCAUUGAAACUCUAAGCUCUGACUGUAGAAGGGCAUUCUGUAAGCAGUGCAGGCAAAGCUUUGCUUACAGCAUGGGUUCAAAAGUAUCUGGUACCAGCCAUCUUAAACGUCACAUUGCCAAGGGAACUUGUCUAGCACUACUACACAAUCAGGGGAAUCGACAAACACGAGGUACACCAACGAUGAAUGGAAAUAGCAGUGUGUCUGAUCCACCAAGACGUCGUUGCAGAUCCCGAAACUCAGCCAGCAUUUCAUUUGAUUUAGACCAUUUCCGCCAAAAAAUUGCCAGAAUGAUGAUAGUGCAUGAUUACCCUCUUCACAUGGUCGAACAUCCUGGAUUUGUAAAUUUUGUCAAAAGUCUUGAACCGAGAUAUGACAUGAUGAGCUUUAAUACAGUCCAAGGAGAUUGUGUCUCAGGUUACUUGAGGGAAAAGCAAAAAGUUAUGAAGUUUAUCGAGUGUUUGCCUGGACGUGUUUGCCUUACAUUGAACGUGUGGACAUCUAGCCAAAGCUUAAGUUAUGUGUUUAUAACAGGACACUUCAUUGAUGGUGACUGGAAGCCACAGAAGCGGAUUCUCAAUGUGGUGGUGGAACCAUAUCCUAACUCGGAUGCAGCUCUUAGCCAUGCUGUUGCUAGUUGCCUAUCUGAUUGGAGUUUGGAAGGCAAGCUAUUUUCUAUCACUUUCAAUCAUCCAGUGGGUGGACCUGGGCGUGAAAACCUCAGAUCUCUUCUCUGUGUCAGAGAUCCCCUUAUCAUCAAGGGUCAGUUACUGUUUGGGAACUGCAGUGCUCAUGCAUUAAGCAGCUUUGCAAAAGAUGUGCUGUGGGAAGGGCGAGAGAUCAUUAAGAAAGUCCGUUACAGUGUAAAGUAUGUGAAGACCACAGAAUCCCAUGAGCAAAAGUUCCGUGAGCUCAAGCAACAGCUUCAGGUCCCCAGUGAAAAAGGCCUGUCUCUUGAUAACCAAGCUCAAUGGAACACGACAUAUCAGAUGCUGGUUGCGGCUUCAGAGUUAAAGGAAGUGUUUUCUUGCUUAGAUACUUCUGAUCCUAAUUACAAAGAGGCUCCAUCCAUGGAAGACUGGAAGCGGGUGGGCAUUAUGUGCACAUACUUGAAACCUCUUUUUGAUGCAGCCAACUUCCUUGCCUCUAGAACAGGCCCAACCCAAAAUACAUUCUUUCACGAAGUCUGGAAGAUGCAUGAUCUGUAUCAUUCUAUUACAAGCCAUGGGGAUCCCUUUGUCAUCAGUCUUGCUGAAAUAAUGCAAGAAAAGAUGGACAAAUAUUUGAAGGAGUGCAUCCUGGCUUUGGCAAUUGUUGUAGUCAUGGAUCCUCGAUUUAAGAUGAAGUUGAUUGAGUUCAGUUUUCUGAGAUUCUACGGUGAAGAAGCUGGCAAAUAUGUAAAGAUCAUUGAUGGUGGGCUCCACGAGCUGUUUGUUGAAUAUGUGAGACUUCCUCUCCCUCUUACUUCAGCUUAUGCUGAAGAUGGAAAUUUUGAGAACAACACGAAGACAGAAGAAAUUUCAGACAACGGGCUUACAGAUUGUGAUGUGUAUGUGGAGACUACUAGCCAAAAUACGAAGUCGGAGCUGGAGCAGUAUUUAGAAGAGUCUUUGCUGCCUCGCCACCAAGAGAUGGAUGUGUUGAAAUGGUGGGAAGAAAACAAGCUCAAUUAUCCAACUCUUUCAAAAAUGGCUCGUGAUAUUUUGACCAUGCAGGUAUCUACUGCUGAACCUGACACUGUAUUUGAUACCGAGAUCAAAGAACUGGAUUCGUACCGGAGUUCUUUGAGACCUGAAACAGUGGAAGCCCUUGUGUGUGCUAAAGACUGGCUUCGGUACGGAUCUGAAGCGUCCACAGAAGUUUCUAAUGCGCUUGCGGAAGUAAAGGGUCUUGGAUCUUAGUGUUUACAUGUCUCUUAACCGUAGGAUUUUUAUUAGACUCGAUUAGUCUUCUACUUCUCCAUAUCAGGCUAGACAUCUGCCUCAACUGCAAAGAAUAUAUAGAUUGCUUGAACACAAGAUGUCAAAAAUCUAUAGUAUCUUUUCUGA